AAGCCGGUGGAAUGACCACGGAAUCAAACAAAGAGACUUCGUCAUCGACAACGUCCAAUCUGUAGUCACACUCACAUUCACAAAUAUGUAUACAACCAGCAAUGGUCUGGACUAACAAUAAGCGCUGAGCCGAGCUACGUCGUCGUUGCGAUUUUAUAGCUGAGUGAAGCAUUUUAUGAAUACUAACUCUGUUGCUGAUGGAGCGCCUGCAAAGUGAUGGCUCAGCGCUAGGUGCCCCUGAUUUACGUCAUACUGGUAGCACCGUGACCAGAGUAGGCGAACGUGGUUGGACGGUUGCUCAGCAAUUGCGCUCAGUCAGUCAGCGCAAACGGGUGCAAAUUGGACACACAGCGGUCACUUUUAAUUCACUAGCUACGGCAUACCCAAAAAUUGAUGCAAAAAUAAUAGUUAUUACAUACAUACACAUAUAUGUAUAAAUCUUUUUGAAAAUUUAAUUUGAGGCGCAAACAAAAUCGUAAAGAAAAAAGUUGUGAAGUGGUCAAAUCGCAAUGAAAAAAUAGUGAAAACACAAAGAAAAUUUCAAAAUAAAUAUUUGAAAAUAAAAUCUCAAUGCGGGUUUUUCAAUGUCAGGCGAUUAUAGUUGGUCAAAAUUGCGUUUCGCGCGCAGUUUACGUGCCGACGGCGAUUGCGGGAAAAUAAAACCAACUACAACGCGGUGUCGUAAAUCAGUAAGAAAAAGGCCAGUAAUCGAAUCGGAGUAAAGUUCCUAUUUUAGCUGAAUAAAAGUCGCUGAAGUCGUGGAGUGGCUGAAGAAAACUUUAAACAAAUAAAAUAAAAUGAAUUACCAUAGGCACAUUAUAUAUUUGAGGGCAUUGGUCGUAUUGUGCCUCAGCGUUGCGCCAUGGCGCUGUGGCAGUGCUUAUCAGAUAGGUGUGGGACGUGCCGAUUGUACGGGUCCCCCAGUGGAAAUACAUUUUAUGGGUUAUGCGAAUAUCAAACAAGUGGGACGUGGACUACACCUCCGGCAAUUUGCGCGCGCUUUUGUCGUCGAAGAUGAGAACCACACGCGAAUAGCUUUCGUCUCGGUCGAUGUGGGCAUGAUGGGCUAUGGCGUAAAAAGAGAGGUUGUAAAACGCUUGCAGGCGCGAUAUGGAAAUAUUUACACGGCUGAUAAUGUCGUCAUCAGCGGGACACACACUCACGGCGGUCCUGGAGGCUUCCUCAUGCAUCUACUUUAUGAUAUAUCGAUUUUAGGCUUUGUGCCACAGACUUUUGAAGCGCUAGUGCAGGGCUGUUACUUGAGCAUUAAACGCGCCACCGACAAUAUGGUAGAAGGAAAGAUAUUCCUUUCGAGAGCCACAAUAUUAAAUGUGAAUAUCAAUCGCUCACCCACCUCGUAUCUGCGCAAUCCCGAGGAGGAGCGUGCACAAUUCGAGCACGAUGUGGAUAAGGAAUUGACGCAGUUGCGCUUUGUGGAUGCGGACAGUAAUUUGAUAGGCGCCUUCAACUGGUACGCUGUGCAUGCGACAUCGAUGAAUAAUACCAACAAACUGGUCACCUCCGAUAAUAUGGGCUACGCGGCUUUACUUUUAGAGAAGGAAUACAAUACAAAUAAAGUGCCAGGCAAGGGUAAAUUCAUAGCCGCCUUCUGUUCCUCUAAUUUGGGCGAUGCUUCGCCGAAUAUCAUGGGGCCGAGAUGCUCGCUUAGUGGUAAUGACUGUGAUCUACUCACUUCAAAGUGCCCUGCCAAAGAAGGUGAAUGCUUUGCAUCUGGUCCUGGCCGUGAUAUGUUUGAGAGCACAGAAAUUAUAGCCACACGUUUGGCUGAGGGCGCUUUGCGGUUGUUGAACGAAAACAGUCAAGAGACAACAAGUCGAGAAAUAAUUGGCGAAUUAUCUUUCAUCCACCAAUUCAUCGACAUGCCCAACUAUAAUGGAACCACUUACAAUCCACUGCAAAGGAAACUGGAUAGGAUACGGGGCUGUCAGCCAGCGAUGGGAUACAGUUUCGCUGCUGGCACCACAGAUGGACCUGGCUCAUUUAGUUUUGAACAGGGCACCGUUAGUGAUAACGCGAUGUGGAAUGCUGUACGAGAUUUCAUAGUCGCUCCGACACAAGAGGAUAUCAGUUGUCACGCACCUAAACCAAUCUUACUUGCAACUGGAAGGGCUACAUUCCCAUAUGAGUGGCAACCUAAGAUCGUAUCCGCCCAGCUGCUAAAAAUUGGUGAUUUGAUUUUCGCCGCGGUACCCGGCGAAUUCACUACCAUGGCAGGCCGACGUUUACGCAAUAAAAUUAGCGCCGUGGCUGUGGCCACAGGUGGCAAGGACACUGAAGUAAUCAUCGCAGGUUUGUCGAAUAUUUAUUCCAGCUACAUCACAACGCCUGAGGAGUACCAGGCACAACGAUAUGAAGCUGCGUCCACGAUCUUCGGCCCGAACACGCACACUAUCUACAUGGAUGUCUUCGAGCAACUGACCAAGUCAAUGAUACGUGGCGAACGCUUAUUCCCCGGCCCCUCUCCUCCAUAUAUGAAUGAUCGUAUGCUAUCGAUGAACACUGGCGUUAUUUUUGACGGCCAUCCGAUUGGCAAGGACUUCGGACAUGUUAAGUUGCAACCGCGAAAGGCGUACCAAAUCAAUGAAACUGUCAAAGUCACCUUCAUUGCCGGCAAUCCGCGCAAUAAUCUCUUCCACGAAAAAACGUACUUUGCUGUAGAGCGAAAAAUCAACGAGGAACGUUGGAAGGUCGCAUAUACUGAUGCCAGCUGGGAGACAAAAUUCAUUUGGGAACGCGUUCAUUUGAUACUCGGCUUCAGUGACAUUCACAUACACUGGACCAUUGGCCCCAAUACUCUUCCCGGCGAAUACCGCAUUCGGCACUUUGGCAACUACAAAUAUAUCUUGGGCGGCAUUUUCCCCUAUGAAGGCAUUUCGAAUUCAUUCAUAGUUACGGAAGACUGAUCGGCGUAUAUACUAUGUAUUUGUAUGUACACACAUGCAAACAUACGAUAUGGAAUGAUUGGAUAACUAGUCAGAGACUGCGCUCUUCAGGAUGUAACUGCUUGUCAGCUAUAUACAUACAUACAUAUACAUAUCUAAAAUUAAUUAAAACGAUUGGAAAUUUAAUGUGCUAUUCUGUGCCAUACACGAUUCAUAUGUACCUACAUAUAUAUGUAUUUUUUGCCUACUAUUUAGUUGUGAAUAUGUAAAAUAAAGUUUAAAAGAAAGGUAAUAGAAAAGAACUGUUGC